AUGGAAGUUAUACAGCCUAUCUCUGCCGCUGAACAGGGGCCUUUCUGUGUGGAACUGAUGAAGCGCCUCAACAUUCAGCGAAAACAAGAUUAUUUGUGCGACAUCACUUUGGUUUCUAUAGACAACAUAGAAUUUAAAGCUCACCGAAAUGUGCUUUCCGCCGCAAGUCCGUACUUUGACAAACUUCUUCAGAGCAACAUGAAGGAGAAUCGAGAGGGGAUUGUUCGGUUUGAGGAGAUUUCAGGUUCUGUUCUGAAAGAUGUUUUGGAAUUCAUCUACAGUGGAACUGUGGAUGUGACUCAAGAGAAUGCCGAGAAACUGAUCGCCGCAGGGAAUUAUCUGAUCAUUCCGGGCUUGAAAACAGCUUCAGGGCGGUUUUUGGAGCGAGAAAUGUCACACAUAAACUGUAUUUCAACCUUUUACCUCGCUGAGAAAUAUGAGUGUGACGAGCUUAUCACCAACAGCAGGCUUUUUAUUCACGAAAACAUCGUUGCCGUGGCAAAACUGGAUGAAUUUUUGCUCUUGCAAGCUAAAGAGAUCGAAAGGUGGAUUUCGUCCGACGAGAUUACAGUCAAUGAGGAAGCCGAUGUUUUUAAAAUUAUAUUAGACUGGGUAAACCACAGGAAGAGCGAGCGUAAAACAGUAUUUGAAGAACUGUUUGGUCAUGUUCGACUCGGUUUUCUGUCGCGUGACUGUUUGGAGGAUGUCGUGACAAACGAACUGGUGCGUGAGAAUUCGGCUUGUGUGAAGCUGGUCAUGGAUGCUGCCAUGAAGAUGGCUACCUUUCUUGAUGAAGAUCAUCUACUGCAAUCACCAAGAAAAGGGCAGGAAACACGUGUUAUUGUAGCACGUGGUGGCAAGUACACUUUUUGUUAUAUUCCUGAAGAAAACCUGUGGAAGUGUUUACCAGAUGGUCUGAGGGACAAAAAUGCCAGUUCAAAUCAGAUGAUAAAAUUCCGUAACCAGUUGUUCUUGUUCGCCAGCUCUCAAGAUACAGAGAGAUAUGAUCCUGUUUUUAACGUUUGGUCCGAGCUUAACUUGUACAGGAGUAACGCAAAGGUGGCUGUUCUUAAAGGAGAAAUUCAUGCUUUGGAAGUUGACACCCAAGACAUGACAGCUACUAUCAAGAAGUACAAUGUGAAACUGUGUAGAUGGGAGACAGUUAUCACAUCUCGUGAAGGCUUUAGAAUGAAUGCAUGUCUUAUUGCAGCCGGCAGUCAUCUGUACGUGUUUGGUGGGGAGAUUUCAUACAGAGAGAAAUAUGUCGCGAAAGCCAAGAGAUUUGACACCGUGGAAAACAAGUGGGAGGAAAUCGCAGACAUGCACGAAGGAAGAAACGACGCUUUUGGAGUGGCUGCUGAAAAUAAAAUCUUCGUUGCAGGGGGAUUACGCAAUGGAACAAAAUUGAAAACUUGCGAGAUGUAUAAUACGUCGACAAAUGAAUGGCAACUUGUUGCAAAUUUGAAUGUCCCACGCUGUUAUGGUAGUAUGGUUUGUCUGAACGGAAAGCUGUACGUACUGGGUGGAGAAAACGAUAGAAACCAAAAGGAACUAAGUGUUGAAUGUUUUGACCCUUUAUACGACCAGUGGAUCCAUGAAACAACCAUACCAAACAUCUUUCCUGGAAACAGCAUCUCAUUCACUGGCUCUGUUCUGAAGUUUUUCAAAGAAUUGCUGGACACUUUUAAGACUGUUAGGCAGUAG